AAAACAUCAUUUUGAGUACAUCAUUUGCCGCGAAAAGUCGUUUCCAAGUGAUCGAUCCGUUUUUAUUCCUGUGAAAAAUUAAUCUUAGUUCUUGAUUGUGGCAAUAUGCCGCAAUCUAUUGAAGGCACACACAUUGUGGUUGAAUGCCAAAAGGCGCCAAAUGGAAGAAAAAACAGACAUGUUUGUGUACCAAAGUCAUGGGUUCAAUUGAAAAUGUAUGGCAAUAGAGUUUCAAUAGUGUAUCCUAGUGAGGACGAGACUUGCACAGAUCUCAGAGUGAGGAAUAUGGAACCUGCUGAUGACGACUGGGACUUCUAUAUUGGAGACAUAAAAGCAGAAAACACAUAUGAGUAUUGCUCUGCUUACGUUACUAGAGAGUCACUUUGUAAACAGACUAAUAAUCAAGAUACCUGUAAGAAACGAAAGGAAAGGGAAUCCAAAGAACAACCACAUGUAGAACGAAAGAAAUCACUGAAAGUUCGGAUAAAGCUGCCCAAACCAAGCUUAGAAAAAAAGAGGAAAAAAUCAAGAUCAUCCGACUAUGCAAUCAUUACCGAACCUAUGGCUUACAGUGAAGAAGAACCGGUAAGUGAGGAUAUGGUUGAUACAGAGGAAAAUGUCUCCCCACAGCUAGUGGAAAGCUUUAACAUGAACACAGAAAUCCCCCCACAGUCAGCUGAAACCUCUAACAUGACCACAGAAUUCUCCUCGUCCUCCACCAGUACUCCUUCAAGUUCAGUUAACCAAAGUACCACAAAGCCACAAAAAACGCUAUUUGAAAUAAAAAUGGACGAAAUAAUACAAAGUCUUAUGCCUGAAACUAUACUACAACAAAUACCAAUGAACACUAACAGUAAAGAAAUAGCUAAACUCCUAGCAAUGCAAAUAGAAAACGACUCUAAAGCUGCGAACCUAGCCUUUCCAAAAUUGACCCCUGAAGAACGAGAAUUUAUCAUAAAAUUGGAAGCGGUACAAACAAAAACUGUAUACAACAUCAGAGUUCUGCUGGAGUUUGUCAAAAGUAUGUACAAAAAUGUGUUUCACAAUAGGUAUGUAUUAGACAAGAUUAUCAAGGCCUAUGGGCCUAUAGGAACAGAGACAGGAGACCAACAGCACCCAGGAACAUCAAAUGUUGAGAACACUCAAGAUGUUGAAAUGCCUGCCGAUCCUAAUAUACCGGUUUCAAGUACACAAAAUACAGGGGAAGAUGCUCCGAUGCUGCCAACUUCAACUACAGGAGAACCAAACACUGAUAAAGAAGAGAAUGGAAAAAGAGAAAAGAUUAACUGGAUCCUCAAACACCCAGAUCCUGGGAAAGACUUAAUAGAGUUAGGGAAACACACUGGUAUCUAUGUUAGUGCGGACGGUUUGAAAAAAUGCAAAGAGAAAUCGGACAGUGUUGAAUCUUUUGCAAAAUCUUUGUUGCCUGAAGUUUUUACUCAAGAUAAUACUGCUGAAAUUAAAGGUAAGAUUAUGAGGCCUCCGAUGUAUUUUCCUGCUAAGAUAGCUUUAGUUAAUUUUGCCAUGGACUACGGACAGCAAGCUGGUUGGAAAGAAAUUGAGUUUGAGUUGAUAUUGAAUAGUUUAAGGGAUGUUUUGCAUGAUGAUUUAGACUAUCCAAAGGCUUGUGGUAAUAAUGAUCAGCAUUGUACAUGUUGUUUGCAUAAACAUUGAUUUAAUUUCAACGAUUUUUAUAUAAAUAAACUUUGUAUAAUGUAAGAAGAAUUUAUAGAAAACCGUUUGUUGAUUUCUGACACUUACGUGAAUUUUAGACAUUUAAACAAUUUUACGG